AUGGACGCCUACGAGGCCACCAAGGUGGUGUUCGCCAGGGUUCAGGAGCUCGUCGACCCGGACCUCGCCUCCAAGAUCAUGGGCGCGCUGCUCACCCAGGACAAGAGCGAGGAGGACAUGAUCCGCCUCGCCUUCGGCCCCGAGCACCUCCUCCACUCCGUCGUCGCCAGGGAGCGCGCCGACCUCCUCGCCCGCACCAACCCCUCCUCCCCGCCCGCCUCCUGGGGUAUGGCGCCCGGCGAUGUCGACGCCGGCCACCCCUUCUCCGCCGCCAGCGACCCGUUCUACCCCGACGACGGGUACGGCUGCUGGUCCCCGACCAGCGGCGGGCACCGCCGGAGCUUCUCCCUCAGCGACGCCGACGGCGGGUGGAAGCCGUGCCAGUACUUCGCGCGGGGGUUCUGCAAGAACGGCUCCGCCUGCCGCUUCCUGCACGGCCUCCCCGACGACGUCGCCGAGCAGGAGAUGGCGGUCAUGCGCGCCAAGGCCGCCGCUGUCGCCGCCGCGCGGGCGCAAAUGAUGCCCCCCGCCUUCGCCUUCUCGCCGUCUCCGCCCAAAGGCCUCGGCUUCCUCCUCCUCCAGCAGCAGCAGCAGCAGAGCGAGUCCCAAAGGGCGGCGGCCAUGCUGCUCGCCGCCGGCGACGAUAUGCACAGGUUCGCGCUCCGCUCGCCCCGGAUGGACCGCGCCGACCUCUCCAACAGCCACGGCGCGCGGCAGAUCUACCUCACCUUCCCCGCCGACUCCAGCUUCACCGAGGAGGACGUGUCCAGCUACUUCAGCAUGUACGGGCCGGUGCAGGACGUGCGCAUCCCGCACCAGCCGAAACGCAUGUUCGGCUUCGUCUCCUUCCUCUACCCGGAGACGGUGCGCCUCGUCCUCGCCAAGGGCAACCCGCACUUCGUCUGCGACGCCAGGGUCCUCGUCAAGCCCUACAAGGAGAAGGGCAAGGUCCCUGACAGGUUCAGGCACAGCGGCGGCCUCUCUCCUCACCACCGUGACUUCGCCGCCGCCGGCCUGCUCGACUCCAGGGAUCCCUUCGACCUCCAGCAGCCGCAGAUCGGGCAGAGGAUGCUAUACGGGAGCAUGGCCGGCCACGAGGCGGCCUUCCUGAGGAGGAAGCUGGAGGAGCAGCAGGAGUCGGCCGAGCUGCAGCGUGCCAUCGAGCUCCAGAACCGCCGGUUCAUGGGGAUGCAGCUGCUCGAUCUCAAGAGCAGGGGCCACCACAUCCUCGGCUCCCCCGUGGGCUCACCAGGCGACGGCAAUGACGGCUGCUUCAGUGGGAACGGCAAUGGCGUGCACCAUUUUGAGAACAACAUUCAAGAUAACAGCACUGGCCUUGUCAUGGGCACAUCUGCUGCUGCUGCUUCUGCCAUUGGUAAAGACGGGAGGCAGGAGCAGCAGUAUGAGGAGGAGGAGGGUGGUGGUGAUGGCAAUGGUGGCAGUCCCAAGCAGGCAGUCAACUCUGGGGAAGAGGGGAGGAGGGAAUCUGGUCCUGGUGCAGCAGCUGCAACCAAUGUUGUUUGUGGAUACCAAGAAAGUGGCAUGGAGCACAACCUGCCUGAUAGCCCCUUUGCUUCCCCCACCAGUGCUGCUGCUGCUGAGCAGCAGACAGCUCACACUGGUAACAUCAGCAGCUCCCACCCGGUGGCCUUGUCUCUGUUCCCCUCUGCUAAACCUCUCUACAGCUCUUGCUUCUCCCAAGUGCCCAGGUUCUCAUCUGGGCAUGGAGCCAUUGGGCUGUGA